AUGAUACUCAUCGAUCGAACGCUGCUUUGCGUUGCAGCCUUACUUCUUUAUGGUGUUGAGAAAACCAGCGCUGCACCACCCUGGGGUCGCUUCGAGCGGCGUCUGUUUAACGGUAAUCAGACGAUAUCCACUGCAGCAGCCUCAAGUGAUGCUUCAAGGGAUGCAACUCAACCAAGUUCAGUGCUUUUGUCGUCGUCGAUAUUGGCAUCUGAGACCAGCAGCUAUACUGCGAGCGACGCUUUGACGGCACAACUCUCAAUCGCAUCUUUCUUACCUGGGACUACUCCAACAUCGUCUUCCACUCAACAAUUGUACACACUUCAUGGCUUAGAAACCAUUACCACUGCAUCGAGGCCGAGUAGGCCUACCACAAUCACUCUGGGAUCCCUUACUACCACUACACCAACUCCUGUGCAAGCUAGUAGCGGACUUUCUAGCAUGGUUUCCGAGGAUAUUAGUAAUUCUGGUUCGGUAUCUUCAAGUUCAGAUUGGACCACCACACUUGCAGGAUCAUAUGCCAACACCACAAGCAACGCCGCACAAUCAAGCGUGUCUACAAGUAACAGCUCUGUCAGCGACUCUGGGUGGAAUUCAACCACCAUUACAAUUACGAAUCUUACAAUAAUCACAGGUGACGUACCGCCACCAACUAUUACCACGUAUGAUCCACAAACUCGCUCGGUAAUAGUUUCGGAUGAACCCACAACAGAUGCUUGCGAUGUGACAACUAACAGUAACACCGUCACCGUAUGGUCGACCAUCUACACAACAACUAUAACGUGGACACUACCGCCGGAGCAGUACACACCACCUUUUCCAACUACGACGAGUACGCCUGUGUUUUGUUCACAAACAUCUGCACGUCUAUCAGUCUCUGUAUGUGAUGGAUCAGACUGUACACAGUAUACAUAUCCUGGUGAUGCAACAACAACAAGUGAUGAUGGGCAUCGUCAUGUCAAUCCCACUGCCACUGCUGUCACCACUACUUUUUCCGGUGGCUCGGCUGAUAAGUUGCCUACAAUCACAUUUUGGACUACAGACAAGAAUCCAGCAGUCGUUUAUUCGACGGAGACACCUCCCGACUAUGGUGAUCCGGGCACAACGCCUAUUCAGGAUCAUCACACCCCUAACAGCGGCAACUAUCCUACGAGCAUCCCUCAAUAUGAGAAGCCUACACCGUCUUCGUCCGCUAAUUCAGGCGGUAGCAAUGGGGGAAGCAACAGUAGUGGUAAUAGUGGCAAUGGAGGCAGCGAAGGCAAUGGCAGCGGAAAUAACGCCGGAAGUGGUGGAAGUGGGGGAGGGAAUACCGCUGGGGGUAGUGGCAAUGGAGGAGGAGAUUCUGAUGGUUCUGGCAGUAACAAUGGAGGAGAAAAUACUGUUGGGGGUGGUGGCAAUGGGGGAGGAAAUACUGCCAAAGGAGAGGAUGGCGGCGGUAUCACUCAGCCAGUGUCAGAAGCAACAAGACAACUGCCCACGACGGCUACCGCUGUAACGGUAAUCAUUCAGACGGAAAAGGUCAUUAUCAAUGAUCGCACUUUUACCAACAACCCCAGGAGCGCAACUUCCACUGUCGUUGUUGGUACAGAUACUUUCGUUAUUAAUCCUAGCCAAGUAAUUGGCGCGGGCGCAACAGUGGUCAGACCUGUCAUCGGGGGCAUCUUCAUACCUACCAAAACGACGACAACAGUCGCAGGUAUAGAAGUUGUGUAUACUGCUAUUAUCAAUUCUGCAGUAUCUGUGCGGUCUAGGAUUGCUGUGGCAACAAUUGACGGAACAACCUUCACAAUCAAUACUACCCCAUCAACCGUUGUGGUUAAAGGUCAGACAAUCACGUUGGGCCCGAGUGGCAUCGUCUUUGCAACUCAGACUAUCCCGGUCGUGACAUCAGUUGGAGCAACUGAGUCGGCUGUAUUGGGUGGGGAGAUGAUUACAGCUAUUGGAAAUUCAAUUGUGGUGAUAGAGGGCACUACAUUCUCUUAUGGGCCAGGGAUGAGCCCUAUUACGGAAGUUAUUAACGGAGAUACAAUCCUGAUCGGCCCAUCCGGCAUCAGUGUGCACGGAAUCACUCUUGGGGGCAUCACAGCGGCAACUACAGCAACGACUUAUGAAAUUGUGGGCGGAGCUACCAUUACACAAAUCGGUGGCGGUGCUGUUGUCAUCGAUGGUACGACAUACUCCAUCGGUGCAUCUGCAACCAGCGCUAUCACGACUGUCAUCGAUGGUCAAACAUUAACGAUUGGCCCGAGUGGAGUGGCAGCGUCGUCAUACACAUUUGCACAACCAUAUGUCACGAGUACGGUGAUCGAGCCGGGAAGUACAGCUUCGGUGGCAGUAUCAACAAAAAUAGCAGACAGUUACGGCACGACUUUGCGGCCGGAAUGGGAUGUUAGGGUGGUGGGAAUAUGCAUAGCGAUCGGCGUUGGGUUCCUGGGAGGAUUGCUUUUGUAA